AUGAGUUCCUUUUCCAGUUCUUUCUGGUCUGCCGACUAUGCUGCUGGACUCGGCGUACUCUUCGGCAAGCUGCAGCAGGGUGUGCAAGAGAAUGAGCAGAUCCUCACAGUCUCGCGCAUGCGCGCUGAUGCCGAGGAUGUCUAUGGCCAGAAGCUGGGAGAUAUCGAGGCAGCUACUAACAGGAUCGACGGCGGGUUUCAACGAGACGACGGUGCUAGUGUAAAGAAAGCUUACGAGGGCGUGCGCACAGAGAUGGGCGAGGCGUCGCGUAAUCACAGGAAGAUUGGCUCUAAUAUUCGGGAAUUGGUGGUGAAUCCUUUUGGGAGGUGGUGCGAUCAGCACGCCGCGCGCAUACAGAACAGCCAGGCUGAUUUGCAAGGCCGGAUCAAGACCUACGACAGGCAGGCGGAGACCGUUAGACAAUACCGGAGCGCAUACUACAAUAAGUGCCGUCGAGUUGAGGAUCUGGACGAGGAGGAGAAGCUGGCAUUCCAGGACCCAGGCUCGUCAGCAGCGACUACUGUGGGAUCGCCUAAGCUUACACCGACAAGCGUGCCUAGUAUCAAUGUGAACGAAGCAGAAGAGGAGCCUGAGCCAGUCGAGCUUGGUGAUGAGACCUAUCAGCCAGAGCAGGUGAAGAAGAUUUUGACGCAUGCUCUCAACAACAUCAGACUGGGCGAGACGAAGGUACCAAUCCUUGGCACGUACCAGAACGUAACGAGCGGCGCAGAAAUAACAGAAUACAUACAACAGCACAUGGGCGGUAGUUCUGUGGCCUAUGCCGAGCGGAUCGGGCAGGAUCUCAUUAAUAAUGGGUUCUUGAGGCUGAUCGGAAAUAUGGGAAGCAGCUUUGCGAACAGCAGCAGGAUGAAUUACCAAUGGCGGCCGAAGGCGUUUCAGCUGACUGGUAUUCCCGAGAAGCGGCCGAAGCUGAUCGGCAGGACAACAACCCUGGCCUCUUCAGCAGAGGGGUCUGUCCCAGGAAGCCCUGUGAUCGGCGACCGUGUCAGCGAAUACCUUGGAGGCUGGAAUCCAUUGAACAAUGCUCACCCAAAUGAAACACCAGGCGAGAAGCUACGAAGAGAAGCCCGCGAUGCAGACGAGCGCUAUAAGGUUGCUGUGCGCAAGCUUGAUGGCCUGCGCUGCAAUCUAGAAGAGGCUAUGAUUGAUCAUCUGAAGUUCAUGGAACGCUGCGAACUAGACAGGCUGAAAGCAAUCAAGAGCGUUAUCUUGGACUUCAGUGGCGCAGUCAGCAACGUCAUUCCAAGUCUGCAGAGCACUGUCGAUAAGAUGAUGUUGUUCCAAGAGACGGUCCAGCCACUUGGCGAUCUACGCUACCUUCUGGAGAACUAUCGCACUGGAAGCUAUACACCAAAAGUUGUCACAUAUGAGAAUUAUUACAAUCAGGUGGACGAGCAGACUUUUGGUGUAGAUAUUGAGGCCCGUGCAAGAAGUGAUCGUAAACGUGUACCACUGAUUGUGACGACCAUCUUGACUUUCCUGGACUCCCACUACCCUGAUCUGGAAGGAGAUGAAGCGCGAAGAAGUAUCUGGGUGGUGGACGUCCCAUUAGCAGCCACGCAUCAUCUCCGGAGUCAGAUCAAUACUGGAAAGGCCAUCCAGCCAUCGCUUCUGGACAAGUACGAGGUGCCCAUUGUCGCCGCUGUUCUGAAGCUCUACUUGCUCGAAUUGCCUGACAGCCUUGUCAGCGCCCAUGUCUAUGAGAUCGUCAAAACCAUCUACGCUACCACAGCUCAAUCCGCUUCUGAAGGAGCUCGCAUACAGGUCAUUCAAUCCACACUCGGACAGCUUCGACUAGCCAACAUUGCUACGCUUGACGCACUGAUCACGCAUUUCGCGCGACUGCUUGAGCUUACGAGCGCAGAUGAUGCAUUUGUGCAGAAUCUGGCUACCGUGCUAGCUCCUUGCAUCCUAAGGCCCAAGCAGGAAUCAGGACUCAGCAUGACCGAAAAGUACAACAUCCGGCUUGUACGCGACCUAUUCGCGCAUAAGGAUGCCAUCUUUGGUGAACUUAAGCGACAGUCCAGUCUGACACACACAAACUCCGGAGCCACGAGGCAAACACGAGCUGUCAGCACAGACGAAUCUAGGAGGAGAGAGCACAUGGAGGAGCGACAGCGCGCCAUUGCGGCAGCUCAGCAGGCCCAGGCUGGCAGCAGUAGGAUGCGCCAGCCAAGUCCUGGACCAGGCGCAAGGACUUCCGUAUCUGAUGGAGCUGGACAUCGCAGGGACAGGAGUCGAGGUCCAGACACACGAUUCCCGAUAUCUACCGCGAAUAUUGCAAGUCCUUCCACUAAAGGCGUCAUGUCACCCACCACAUCAGUGUCCUCAAGUCAACGCGACAGUCUCAGUGUGCCACAAAGCCCACCUCAGAGCCGCCUGUCCUCGUCCACAUCACCGCCAACACCACCGAGGAAGGACGACGCGCAUCAUACGAACGGCUCCCUCCAUCAGCCACCGCCAGCUGACGAUGAGCCGACCGAGCAAACGCCCGCCGAAUCUGCGAGCCGCCAGCGCAGCGCGACUGAAGCAUCAAAACGCCAAUCCAUACCUCCCGCUCUCUCCGCUUCCAUGAACGGACCAGGAGAUUUCAUGGCACCGAGCCACUACUACAGCGGUAGCAUCGACUCCGGCGCUCUGACUCCCACAGCCCCGACCUUCAGCACCGAAGCCACCAAAGUCCCUCCCCCAAUCUCAAAGUACAAGAUCCACAACCCCGACAACGGCGAAGAGCGUGCUUCCUCUCCCGUCGCAGGGACAACCGAUGCCUUUGCCGCGAAACGGGAUAGCAAAGGUCGCUACCCGCCGCGGAAAGGAACAGGAGGUCUCGCAAGACAAAGUCUGAUUAUGGGUAAGAGGGAUAGCGUUGAUAGUGGGAGUUAUACCCAGUCGCCUGUUGACUCGGCCAAGGCGGCGGAGGAGCUGCACCCGGCGAGCGCGGGCGUGCAGUUGCAGGAUAAGGCGAUGGACUUCGACUAG